UAAGUUUUCAAUCCAUUAUCAUUUUACUCUUUAAUUUUAAACUAAAAGAACGAAGCAUCACAUUUUUCUUAAUUAUUUUGCCUUUCAUUUAAUUUCAAUAAGGUAAUCAGUGAAACUCUUAGAAUGGCAAAUAUUGUCAAUGCCAUUUGGAGGAAAGCUAUCAAAGAUGUAGAUAUUAAAGGGUACCUAAUUCCUAAGGAUUGGUGUGUUGUAGCUUCUCUUACUUCCGUUCAUUUAGAUGACAUCAACUAUGAAAAUCCUUUGGAGUUUGAUCCAUGGAGAUGGGAGAAAAUUGGAAGUGGAAGUAGAAACAACUGUUUUACACCAUUUGGUGGUGGACAAAGAUUAUGUCCUGGAAUAGAACUCUCUAGACUAGAGCUCUCUAUUUUUCUUCACCAUCUAGUUACAACUUACAGAUGGGCUGCUGAGAAGGAUGAAAUUAUUUACUUUCCAACGGUAAAGAUGAAAAGGAAGCUCCCAAUUAAUGUGACAAAAAUUAACACGUGAUUGGAUUCUAAUAUGAGGUGACAACACUCACUUUUAACAUCUAAUAGCAUAAAGUACAUUAAUUGUACCCAAAAAAUAAUAUAGUAUAUUUAAAGAAAAUUCUAGAGUGAU